AUGGACAAAAACAUCAUGCCCAAUAUUGCUGACGGCGGAAUAGCCCUUGUCGGCAAGGUCAAAAGGCGUCUUCAGAUUGCUGGCACGAGCGGGGAAGGCGAUCCGAGCACUAUGCCUUGCCUCCGGUCUGCUCUGAUGAGGCCUCCGCUCAACGAGCUCAGUCCGGCGGAACUUUUAAGCAAUGUGGAUGUCACCUUAGACAAUAAGGAUCUCUGGGAUAGCUUCUACUCCUUCGGAACGGAGAUGAUCAUUAAUAAAGCCGGAAGGCGCAUGUUUCCCGUGCUCCAGUACAAGUUGCACGGCCUGGAUCCGAACGCCUUCUAUUUCGUAUUGCUGGACAUCGUUCCAGCUGACCAGUAUCGCUACCGCUUCGUUGGCAACUUCUGGGUGCCAUGCGAGUCGGAGCCCUAUCAGACGCCCGUACCGUCAACGCGCCUCUUCAUGCACCCGAGCAGUCCAGCAACUGGUGCACGGUGGAUGACCAAGGAGGUGGAUUUCAGCACCAUGAGACUCACAAAUUACCCCAGCAACGACUACAACCGCGCGGUGCUAAGUUCUAUGCGAAAGUACAUUCCCCGGAUCCACAUCGUCGCAGGAAGUGACGUUGCGCGCCUCGACCCUUCUCACUUCAAAACUUUCACGUUCAACGAGACCAGCUUCAUUGCCGUCACGAGCUAUCAAAACGCACAGAUAGUGAACCUGAAGAUCCACAACAAUCCAUAUGCCAAGUCAUUCGCGGGGGACGAAAAAAGAAGGAAUGGCGGCAAGAGGUCACUGGACAGUGAUUCAUCAUCGGAAGAAGAUUUCGCAGAGCCCCGCGUAAAGAAGUCGUCGCCAGCACUGUCUGUGUCACAGCCACUACGAGUGAUCACGUCGCCGGAGACCCCGUCUUCGUCGCGAAGUCCUCCGCUGCCGAGCACGGCACCCCUCUUGACGACUGUUCCACCUCCCGACCCACUGCAAUACUUGACGCCCUUCAAUGCACCUGGUCAUUAUGCAGCAACGUCGCCUUACGUGAACCCGUACCCUUUCUGUUACCCUAGUUACUAUGCAUCAGCAUACCACUCGCUGAUGAACUAUCCACCUCCUUGGGGAUAUGGGUACUACAGUAACUACCCCAUGUUGCCGCUGCCAGGCUUUUGUCCUAGAUCGUGGAACUGCAGUUCCUCCAGUUCUGGGUACUCGUCGAACACGAGUGCUUCAUUGAAUAGUAGUCCCUUAUCGCAUCACUGUAGUCCGUUAAAUGUGGACGAAAGUGCAGCUAGUGUACAAGACAGUCCCAACCAGCAAACCCCGUCAGAAUCAGCCAGAGGUUCGUAGCAGUUCCGAUUCUAUGGACAGUCAUCAUACUUCUGUACAUACAAACUGUGAUCUGUAUCCUAUGUACCUCCAUGCAUUUGCCGAUAUACGUAAGAAACGGAUAUACGUAGCUGCAACCUUGUUUCAUUUCUUUCCACGAGUGCAAUUAUUAGAUACGUUUAUUUAUCGAUAUUCGCCAUAAACCGUUAAUUUAUGAUUGAAUUCGCCUGGCCAGAAUCUCUAUGGCGGCUAGCUGCACGGUUGCCUGGCCUGUGUGUGUCGUGCAUGUAUACGGAUUGAUUUUACCGAGUGUAUAUAUUAUAGUACAAUGCACGUUGUUGUGCGCGCUAACGAACACACAAUGUGCAUCGAAAUAAACUACAACAACGACACUAUA